CAACGAGUUCCCUUUCAAUACUACAAGUUCUUCCCCUUUAUCGCUCUCCAUCUUCUUGUAGAUUAUCUCAGUACACCCACCCAAUUUUCUGUCCACAAUUAAAUUCUUCUUCUCACUCAACAAAGUUCACGACUUAGUUAAAAUGAAGUUCACCAUUGCCACCGUUACUGCACUUGUCAGCGUCGCCGCCGCGAGCGUCGUCAACAAACGCCAAGGGUUGGCCCAAAACUUCGAGUUCCAGGGCUUUGCGGCAUCCUGCGCAGCGGACAGCGACUCUUGCACGUAGGUAGCCAUAUUUCCGGGGUGAUAAUGCCGAUGAAUGGACUCUUUGCUAGCACAUAUAGAUCGACUGUAGCUAACCUAAGUGUAACAUACAGCUUUUCGUUCAAUCUGAACGGCGCCCGACCGUGCUCUGCAAAGGAAACAGCCUUCACUGGGACUGAUGCAAACGGCGCCACCUACAAGAAGCUCCCCAACAUUGGCCAAACUUACUGUGGAACCCUAGCCUGGAGUGCCGCCCGAGGCGCUGAUGGCGUGUUUAAGAUUUCUGCAAGCGACAAAGGGAGAACUCCUGCCCUAACGGGCGCAGUCGAUAUUCCCGCUGCUGAAUUCACGGUCGUAAAUGGCGUCGAGGCAUACAGGGGUACCGGCAUCAUCAUUCUCUAUGGAUAAGUGUGGCAGUGGAAUAGUCUGGGAAUUGUACUAGUAUCUCACAAAAAUAUAUGGUUUGAAAUCAGACCUUUGGGUGGAAGAAUGCAUUUCACUGUCUGAAGUGACUAUUAGAGUGAGAAUAUAAACUUUCAUUACUACUCACUCUGUCAUUCAAGUUACUCAUCACAGGCAAGACUGAGAUAGAC